GCAAGGCAUAAAUACUCCGACUUCCGUAAGAAGGAAGAAGAAGAGAGAAGCGAGAGGGAAUGCGAAAUUGUUCCCUCUCCUUCUCGAGAUUCUCCAAUGGAGGUCUCUCGCCUCACAUGGUUGGGCCUAUUUAACCCUCGCCCGCGUCCUCGGAGGAGCCUCCAAGACCUCCUUCUUGUCCUCCUCCCCUCGUUUGCCGGCCUCCGCGCGCUGAUCGGACGACGCCAUUCUUGCCGCCCAACCUGCAAUUGAAAUGGCAGUCCCAGAAGUUGACAAACAAAUGCUUAGAGAGCUUGAACUAAUGGGAUUUCCAACAGCCCGUGCUACACGGGCACUUCACUUUUCUGGUAAUUCUACUAUUGAGGCAGCGAUAAAUUGGGUCAUAGAACAUGAAAAUGACCCAGAUAUUGAUCAAAUGCCUUUGGUUCCCAUCAACAUCGAAAUUGAAAAUGGCACGUCAUGGAUGACCCCAGAUGAAGUGAAGAUUAAACUACAGAAGUUACGGGAACUUGCUCGCAAAAAGAGAGAUGAAGAAGAACAAGGACUACAAAGAGAAAGAAAGAAGGACAGAAUACGAGCAGGGAAAGAGCUUCUGCAAGCAAAGCAAAUUAACGAGGAAAAUGAAAGAAAAAGAAUGUUGCUGUUGAGGAAAGUAGAGAAAGAGCAAGAGAAAAGAGCAAGAGAAAAAAUACUUCAAAAAUUGCGGGAGGAUAAGGCAGAAAGAAGAAGCAAGCUGGGAUUGCAGCCUCAAGAUCCUGGAGAUGCCAAAUCUGCCCUUCCUUCACAGGGAAAGAAGAGUUCAGUGUCUGUCAAUCCUGCCACAAAGGCAGAGCACAUGAGGGAUUGUUUACGUUCUCUUAAGAAAACUCACAAGGAUGAUGAUGCUAGAGUGAAAAGAGCAUUCCAAACCCUUCUUAUCUACGUCCGGAAUGUUGCGAUGAAUCCGGAUGCAGAGAAGUUCAGGAAAAUUCGACUCGGAAACCCCAACUUUCAGGAGAGAGUUGCUAGGCUGAAAGGAGGCAUGGAGUUUCUUGAGCUAUGUGGAUUUGAGAAGCUUGAAGGGGAUGAAUACCUGUACUUACCAAGGGACAAGGUGGACAUGGCUGUUCUCAGCGCAGCAUUAUCACAGCUGAAUUCUGCCAUGGAGAAUCCUUUCUUCGGAGUCCUCUAGGUGACUGCAAAAUGAAGAAAGAAUAAAGAGCACACCGGUCCAAUCCUGUGUCUCCAUGAUUACCUAGAAUAUUAAGGGCCAAUCUAUAAGAAAGGAAGUCGUUAUAUCAUGGUAAUUGAUCAUGCUUAGAUUAGACCAUGAUACCUUAGCAUGUGUUUCAGUUGGAACUUUACUUCAAUUAUUUUUUAUAAUCCAGAUCUUUGGAACUUUAAUGUAACAAUAUCUCAUGUUAUCAAAGAUAGAUAUUUGUAUAUCAAACACAAAAAAAGGUA